AUGAUUCGUGCUCGUCGUCGACAAGAUCCAACAAGUUCAAGUUUUUCUUCGACACGUACAUCAGUUAGUAGUAAUGCUCCAUGGAGUGAUGCAUCAUCUUUAUCACCUAUUAACCAUAAUUUAUUGUCCCCACAAUGGUCAACAUUAAGAUCUAAUCGACGUUUUACACUUUCUAUAGUUCCGGCAGCUCGUCUACCUAUAUCUCCAAUGUCACCUCAAGCUGCACUUCGGGACCUUUGUUUACCACGACAAGAACCACGUCCACCAGCUGAUGUACUAAAUCGAUCAUAUCUUGGUUCGUGUUCGCCAUCUUUAGCUAAGUUUAGUCGUACGAGUGUUAGUCAGCAUGCAUCAACGUCAACAAAUACAACAAUAACAUUACCACCACCAACAAUUUAUACUGACAAUUUUCUUCAUCCAACAAUACCUUAUCUUACCAUUAAUACUCGUGGAUCACAUCGUCAUCACCAUCAUUGUCGACAUACACGUUUUGCAUGUCAAUCUCAUCUAAGACGAAUGAUAUAUCAUAAGUAA